GCCACACUUGCUACUACUCUAUACAACGCGCUACGGGAGUUGAGUCUUUCGUACUCUCAUACUCCCAUUACCUCGUCGACCUUUGCUAGCUUUGUGGAAUCCUAAAAGCCUACCAUGAGCGCCAUGGACACUGACGAUGCAUCCGUGGUACUCCCGCCCAGCACUACGACGUCGGGUCUGUCACUGUCAUUACAUCCGCUCCCUAUUCUGAACAUAUCAGAACACCUCACGCGACUGAAGCUACAGACAAAUUCGACUCUACCCUUUGUCCUGGGUGCCCUGCUGGGCACUCAAAAUGGCCGGGAGAUCGAGAUCGUCAAUACUUUUGAACUUGCCGUAGAUGAAGGGGAGAAAGUGGAUCAUGGAUUCCUCGUGUCCAGAAGAGAUCAAUACAAACAGGUGUUCCCAUCCUUAGAGUUCAUAGGCUGGUAUUCCGUUGCCCCAGAACCAACAGCGCGUCAUAUAGCUCUUCACGAGCAAUUCACGAGCUACGCCUCCACGCCACUCCUUCUCCUCCUUCAGCCAACCGCCACAAGACCGGUGGGGUCAUCUACAGACGUCACAGCACAGACACUUCCGUUCAAAGCAUACGAGCCGACGAUCGAGAUUCGCGAUAGGAAGACCAGAUGGAUGUUCAUCGAGGCAUCCUACAACGUCGAGACUGGCGAAGCCGAGCGGAUAGCUGUGGAUUGGACAGCUAGAGGAGGCGAGGGCGGCACUAGCGUGGAAUCUCAUCUGCAGACUCAGAGAGCUGCAGUCCAAAUGCUACACGAUCGAAUAUUGGUACUGGUGCAAUAUGUUACCAGUGUCCUUGCAGGCCAAGCGCCAAAGGAUUACAUCGCUCUGCGCUCGCUAUCGGCUUUGAUUGCUUCCCUCCCAGCCAGUGAAAGUCCAGCGUUCAGAGAAGAAUUCGACACUGAAUAUGCAGAUGUGCAACUUACCGCAUAUCUAUCGACUCUCACGAAAUCUGCAAAUAUCCUAAACGAGCUCGUCGACAAGCACCUCCUGGUCGCGUCCGGCGGAAGAGACGACGCGCGUGGUCAAGGCGGGCCCAGAAGACGAGGAAUGGGUAGACAGGGAGGGAUACCUGGGGACUGGGACCGAAUGCAUUGAGGUUAUGUUCAUCGCUCUCGCCAGCCUUCUUAGCUUGCUACCAGCGCGUUGUACAAUACUGUUGUUGUGAUUGUAUGCAUGCCUCGACAAAUGACGCGUUGACUCGAGG